CCUCAACCAAUCACAUCAUGUAGAGGAGUGGGACCACAUCUGCCCUAAUUGCGAAAAAUCACAAAAAAUAAAUAGAUUUUAUUUCAGCCAACCUGUUUGUGAACCUUUGACCACUCCGACGACAACCAGCACACCCGACAAUCUUGUGCCCUCGACAACACCGACGCAAUGGCCGCCAACAAGAAAGUUCAGCCUAAGGGCAAGGGCAACAAGAAGGCCCAGGAUGCCGCCAAGGCCGCUCUCAAGGGCUCCAACUCCCACAAGAAGGUCAAGGCUCGCUUCAGCACCUCCUUCCACCGCCCCAAGACCCUGAUCACCUCGCGAGCCCCCAAGUACCCUCGCCGAUCUAUCCCUCACCAGCCUCGUCUGGAUGAGCACAAGAUCAUUGUCCACCCUCUCAACACUGAGAGCGCCAUGAAGAAGAUGGAGGAGAACAACACCCUCGUCUUCAUUGUCGACAUCAAGAGCAACAAGGCCCAGAUCAAGCUUGCUCUCAAGAAGCUCUACGACAUUGACUGUGUCAAGGUCAACACCCUUAUCCGCCCUGACGGUACCAAGAAGGCCUACGCCCGCCUGACCCCUGAUGUCGAUGCUCUCGACAUUGCUGCCAACAAGCUCUCUCUCGUCUAAAAAUACCACCGGGCUUGUGGGUUCCUGGCUUCUCUGGCGUGUCUUUGGGUUGGUUUCUGGCCUGCUGAAAAUGCAAGGCAUGGGCAUCGGAAUAGGCGUAAAAAGAACUUCUCGUUGAGAGUGCAAAUGAUCAUGAAUUCAAUACCACCCGGGACACGGCUCCGCUUAGUCGUCCAAGAUGCUGCCUUGAUAUGAUUUGAGUGACAAUACGUGAGUGUGAUUUGUAGUUAGGGGCCGUAAGUUUCUUUUGCGUUGUUUGUUUCCAACCACUUUUGGGGAAUAGUUCGUGGAAAUUACGGUGACAUAUAAACAUGAACAAUAUGCUAGUCAAGUCAAAACGGGGUAUAACCAUUUUAGAUGAACCUUUCCCAAACAAUCAUGGUUGAGAUCUGUUUUUUUUCUAAACCGUUCGUGAUGCACAUAGCCCAAUGGCCAGUCACUUUGACCAACAUAGGCUCAGUCGUCCGUCGUGGUCACAACCUGAAUUUUCCACUUUGACCACGGCCCGUCUAUUCAUACAAAAAAUCUCGUAAUACAUAGUUGAAAAUAACAUUACUUCCAUGC